AAUUUUCUCUCUGUAUGUCUUCCAUUGAAAUAGCUCGCCUCAGCUUUUGAGCUAUCGGUUUCAAACAAGAUUCAAUGGCGACGGAUGUGGAAUGUUGUUCAACUCAACUUAUUGACGGAGAUGGCUCAAUCAAUGUUACUGGAAUCGAACAGUUUAUCAAGGAAGUAAAACUUGGUGAAUGCGGGCUCUCGUAUGCCGUGGUUUCCAUUAUGGGACCACAGAGCAGCGGUAAAAGCACACUGUUAAAUAAUUUGUUUUACACCAAUUUCAGAGAAAUGGAUGCAUUUAAAGGAAGGUCUCAAACCACGAAAGGUAUUUGGAUGGCAAAGUGCUCUGGUAUAGAGCCUUGCACUCUAGUAAUGGAUCUGGAGGGUACUGAUGGAAGGGAACGAGGGGAGGAUGACACGGCAUUUGAGAAACAAAGUGCACUUUUUGCACUGGCGGUUUCUGAUAUAGUACUCAUAAACAUGUGGUGUCAUGAUAUUGGACGUGAGCAAGCUGCAAACAAGCCCCUUCUUAAGACUGUAUUCCAGGUCAUGAUGAGAUUGUUUAGUCCCCGCAAAACAACAUUGAUGUUUGUCAUUCGUGAUAAAACAAGGACACCACUGGAAAAUUUAGAACCUGUUCUGAGAGAAGAUAUUCAGAAGAUAUGGGACACGGUUCCUAAGCCCGAAACACAUAAGGAAACCCCAUUAAGUGAAUUUUUCAAUGUUGAGGUUGUGGCACUUAAUAGUUAUGAAGAAAAGGAAGAGCUAUUUAAGGAGCAGGUUGCUAAAUUGAGACAACGAUUCUUCCACUCUAUUGCACCGGGGGGGCUUGCUGGAGAUAGGAGGGGAGUGGUACCUGCUUCAGGGUUCUCUUUUAGUGCACAGCAGAUCUGGAAAGUCAUUAAGGAGAAUAAGGACCUUGACCUUCCAGCCCAUAAGGUCAUGGUGGCUUCAGUACGUUGCGAAGAGAUUGCCCAUGAAAAAUACGAUGCUUUCAUUGAAAGUGAGAGCUGGCGUAAUUUAGAAGAAGCUGUAAAGACUGGUCCAGUUUUUGGGUUUGGGAAGAAGCUGAAUUCACUUCUCUACACUUCUCUAUCAGAAUAUGAUUCAGAAGCCACGUUUUUUGAUGAAAGUGUCGGAAUAUCAAAGAGAAGACAGCUUCAAGAAAAACUGUUCCAACUUGCCCAACCAGCCCACCACUCCGUACUGGGACAUUUAAGGUCUGGAACUCUUGAAAAAUUUAAGGAAGCAUUCCAGAAGGCUUUGAAUGGAGGGGAGAAGUUUGCUGUGGCGGCUCGUAACUGCACUGGAUCGUACAUGGCUCUAUUUGAUGAAGGAUAUGAAGAUGCUUUUGUUGAACUAGCAAAUUGGGAUUCCUCUAAAUAUAGAGACAAGCUAGGUCGAGAUAUCGAGGCACAUGUGGCUUCUGUCCAAACUGCUAAACUUUCAGAGCUUAUUUCAUCGUAUCAGGAAAAGCUGAAUGAGACAUUGGCAGGACCUGUUGAAUCACUUUUUGAUGGAGCUAAUAAUGAGACCUGGCUCUCAAUAAGGAACCUUCUUAAGUGUAAAACUGAAUCGGCUGUCAGUGGAAUGUCCAAGGCUCUCUCUGGUUUUGACUUGGAUGAAAAUGCCAAAGGCAAGAUGCUAACGAGCCUAAAGGAUUACGCCAGAGAAGUGGUUGAAGCAAAAGCUAAAGAAGAAGCCGGAAGGGUAGUGAUCCGUAUGAAGGAGAGGUUUUCAACAUUGUUUAGUCAUGACGCUGAUUCAAUGCCUCGGAUUUGGACCGGGAACGAAGAUAUUCGUGCCAUAACUAGAACAGCUCGUACUGAAUGCUUGAAAUUGCUCUCUGUUAUGGCUGCAAUUCGGUUGGAAGAUAGUGUUGAUAAUAUCGAGAAAAUACUAUUUUCUGCCUUGUUGGAUACCAGCAGUAGAGCUGCGAACAAGAGCACACUGCCGGAUCCACUGGCCACGAGCACUUGGGAGCAGGUCCCUCCCGCAAGGACAUUGAUCACACCUGUCCAGUGCAAGGCUUUGUGGAGGCAAUUUACGACUGAGACUGAGUACACUGUCACUCAAGCCAUUUCUGCUCAGGCAUGA